GACAAAGCCCACGCGGUAGUGUAGCUCGCUCCCGCGAGCAACGAGCGUCAAGACAUUAAACGUUUGGGACACGUGUGGAAGGCUGCGCGCAGAGGAGACCACCUCUGAGGGGAGGGGGAGAGAAGCAGGGCAAGAGCCCCGAGGAAGAGAGGGAGAUGCCCGGCCAAGGCUCCGUCCACACAGCACGGACAGUUCAGAAACUAUUCGGAAUGAGUUAAAAGAAGUUUAUGUUUUAUUUUUAAUUUCACUAGGCUAGAAACAUUUUACGUCGUUCUGUUCUACUACCUAAUGGACUUAAAAUGAACUAUUUUGUCUUUUUCAUAGACUAUUAAAUUUUGCUGUCUGAGUGCACCAGAAGGAUCCAUUUGACUUAAGAUCCCCAACUAUAUUCUCUCAAAAUUAUGUGAGAAACCAAUUUAGUUAACUGAUAGCAUUAUGGAUUUGUUAAUCUCAAUUUAAUUAUAUUAUCUUUGUCUUGUUGUUCACAGUAAUUGCAAUCAAAGUGGACCAAUAGCUGGAUAUGUUGCUGCGUGUAUUGUUUGAUGGGGAGCAGAAGUAUGUUAGGCUGUCUGACCUAACAUUCGACGCUUUCAUGAAAGAAGUGUGCCUAAAAUUUAACAUACCAGAAGGCAGGCAACCAGACUUGAAGGUGUUUGACCAAUCCGACACAGAAGUUGAUGGAGAAGUCUUUGAAGAAAUAGUGAAGGAGUCACCUGGAACCUUCAAAGUCAUGUUGAGCAAAGAAGAACUAGAUGCCUCUCUAUCAUCAACAUCAUCAUCAUGCUCAGCAGCAUCUGACGAUACUAUCAUUCUGAACUUCACAAUGUGUGACCCCCCUGAAGAAGCCGCUGCUGUCGAAGGAAGUCAGCCUAAAAAGCCAUGCCACAUUCAUUUUGAGGCGAAAGCGUUGAUUGAAAAAAUCCUUACAACAAAGCCUGGUGGUGAAAAAAUCAUGCAGGAGUAUGCAAAAACAAAAUCACUGAAAGAUGCCACCAGAAGACAGAUGAUUAACAUUCUCACUGCUGAGAUGACACAAACACAUGGGACAUCCCCCCCCAAAAGUGUCAGAGUGUUGUAUGCGCAGGGGAUAGUUGCUCUAUUUCCAUAUCUGGAGGACCCAUAUUCACAGCAUGGAUAUGAACAUUACUACGACCCAGAGAGUGGGUCCGGAUACCUUGCAUGGCGGUUGAAAACCAUCCAACGAAAAAGUGCAGAGGAAAGAGGUGUGUCUGUGAGCAAAUCUCCAAAAAUUGGUGGGCCAAGCCGUGUUCAACCCAGACCCUUCACUGCUGACAAAGUGUUAUCUGAUGAGGAUGUGGAAGCAGCUAUUGCCGUUUUGAAACACUCUGCUGAUGAAGACACCAUCCGUGAGAAGAUGAAAGCUACCUUCAUUUAUCGUCAGUCAAUAGUCAAUAAUGAGAAGAGAGCAGGGGAUGUGUUCUCAGUCUUCCCGAGAUUUCUAGACACACCUGGACUGAUAGAACAAGAUUUCAGACUGCUGUUUGGGGAGGCCACAGCCAACAAAUUCCUGGAAAAGUGGGCCACUAAUCUGAAAACAAAAGUGAUAACAGAAAGCCAUGGACUGGUACCGACCACAGGGCUCUUGGAUUUAACGCGCAAUGCUGAGUCAACUGCGGAAAUUGAGAAUGGCUGGGACAGUGACAUGUCUGCUAUCUUGCUGCUCCUCCAUCUCCUACCACCAUCUGCACAGGGAAGGAAGAGGCCGGGAAAGGUGUCGGCAUGUCAGGCUGUGGAACACCUCAUCAGAUUCAUAAAAGCUGGAACCAGUGUACAGCAGCACCUGGAUAACAUCAGCCAAAGCAGCCAGCCCUACCUCCUCGCUCAGGGGCCCGCAAGAAGCAGCAUUUACACCUUCUUUAUUGUGAUUGACAAGUAUGCGCUUCCAUGUAAGGCAACAGGUUCAGUGGGAGCCCUAGAUGAACUCUUUAAGGCCCAUUACGUCUUUGGUACCUCUUACAGCUCUUCCUUGGCCAACUUUUUCACUUCUCUCCAAACAACCAUUUACAACAUUGAUGUUGGGGAAACAAAGGAAACUCCCAGAGUUGUAGAGCUGCGAGCAAGAAUGGUGCGUUAGUGUCAAAUAAUGAAGAAACAGCUCCAGUCAUUCAAAAAUAUCACCAAAACGCUGGCAAAAAAACACCAGCAUCAUAUGGCAUAUCUUUGGCGAUCUUACACAACUUUUAGUCGGUUAGACAUUGGUCCUGGGAAAAUGGUGUCUUUGGAAAUGGUAAAAAGGAGGUUCUGAAAUUGUCAAGGCAGUGCAAGUGCCUUCCAGUGUUCAAGUUAUGAGAGUGAAUUGGGCUAAACACAAUGGUUUUGUUUACCGCCCACAUCUGGUUAUUUGUGGCAAAGUUGAAUCUGAAAUGCCUGUCUUUUACCAGAUUGAGUCAGUGCUGAUAAUGCAUGAAAAAUUGUUGCUGCUCACUUUGCCUAUCUUUACAGUCACUUUUAAAGAACAUAACCAUGCAUAUGAGGUGACCAGGACAAAAAGCAAUUUUGUAGUCUUUCAUGCUGACAGCCUGCUUUAUCCAAGGCCUUUUGACACACAAAUGUCAUAUGGAGGGAAUGACACAGCUCUCUUUGUUGUUCCAUAUUGCUUUAUCUGUUGAGCAAUAAAGCAUACUGUACUGUCA